AGUAUUACCUGUGGGAUAUCAGGAUACUAAGCCAAGUUCAGGCAUCUUUGUCGAAGUAGAAAAUGCAUACUGCUUUGGGGCUCAUCAGUAUAACUUGAUGACAGUUUAUGGAGUAAAUGUAUGUAGUUGAUCUAACAUCAAGGUGAAAAAGGUAUGAUGUGAAUAUGCGGUGCCUGGCAAGUCGAGUUAACUACAAGACUCUUAUUAUCAUCUGCACUCUGUUUACACUGGUCACUGUACUUUUGUGGAACAAAUGCUCCAGUGAUAAGGCAAUCCAGUUUCCAAGAGACUUGGGUCAUCUGGAGGAUCUGUUCAGAGGAGAAGGUUUGGAAAAACAGGGAAUUGACUCCGAAGAUAAUAAUGAUGUGAGUAACCUUUUACAGGUGGGAAAGUCUCUCCCAAAACAACCAUCAGCAGAUGCAUUCCAUCAAGAACAGCAGAAAGCUCCGCCCGUAGCCAGUCUUCUAAAUAACAAACUGUUGGGACUUAAAUAUGAGGAGAUAGAUUGCUUAAUAAAUGAUGACUACACUAUAAAAGGACGGAAAGAAGGCAAUGAAAUUUAUCUGCCGUUCACCUGGAUUGAAAAAUACUUUGAAGUCUAUGGAAAAAUUGCUCAGUAUGAUGGCUAUGACAGAUUUGAGUUUUCUCAUAGCUAUUCAAAAGUAUAUACUCCACGGGGUACUUAUCGACCAGAUGGGGUAUUCAUGUCCUUUGAAGGCUACAACGUGGAAGUCCGAGACCGUGUGAAAUGCAUCAGUGGCAUUGAAGGUGUUCCUUUGUCCACUCAGUGGGGACCUCAGGGUUAUUUCUACCCUAUUCAGAUAGCACAAUAUGGGCUAAGUCACUACAGUAAAAACCUCACUGAGAGACCACCACAUACUGAAGUGUAUGAAAUUGCAGAGAAGAGAGACAAAGGCACGAGACAAAAUGACUGGAUUAUGCCAAAGGGAUGUACGGUCUCUACGGUCUUUGACAAAACUAGAUCAAGCAACGUAAAGCAGUUCACCACCCCAGAAUCUUCGGAUGGGGUUUACCUGAUGUUAGGAAAUGCAAAAGAUUUCAUCAUUUCAUUUGAUGUUAAAUUCUUAACAAAUGGGAGCAUUUCUGUGGUACUGGAGACAACUGAAAAGAAUCAGCUGUUUACAAUUCACUAUGUCACAAACACACAACUUAUAGCCUUCAAAGACAAAGACAUUUACUAUGGCAUAGGCCCACGGACAAGCUGGAGUACUCUUACUCGAGAUCUGGUAACUGACCUGAAGAAAGGGGUUGGCUUGUCCAACACUAAGGCUGUAAAGCAGACUAAAAUAAUGCCCAAGAAAGUUAUAAAGCUGAUUGCCAAGGGAAAAGGCUUUAUUGACAACAUCACAAUAGCAACCACAGCACACAUGCCUGCCUUCUUUGCUGCCAGCGAUUGGUUGGUAAGAAAUCAGGAUGAAAAAGGUGGCUGGCCCAUUAUGGUGACCCGUAAGCUAGGUGAGGGUUUUAAGUCUUUGGAGCCUGGCUGGUAUUCAGCUAUGGCACAAGGUCAGGCCAUGUCUACACUUGUAAGGGCCUAUUUGCUUACAAAGGAACAAGUGUACCUCAAUUCAGCCUUGCAGGCAGUAGUGCCCUACACCCUCAAGUCAGAGGAUCACGGGGUAAAAGCUGUGUUUAUGAAUAAAUAUGAUUGGUAUGAAGAAUACCCAACUGUUCCCAGCUCAUUUGUUCUGAAUGGUUUCAUAUACUCUUUACUGGGUCUAUAUGACCUCAAAGAAACUGCAGGUGAGAAACUAGGACAAGAAGCUAAAAAACUGUAUGAACGAGGCAUGGAGUCUUUGAAAGCCAUGCUUCCAUUGUAUGACACUGGCUCAGGAACAAUCUAUGAUCUCCGCCAUUUCAUGCUUGGUACAGCUCCAAACUUGGCACGUUGGGACUACCACACCACCCACAUCAACCAGCUACAACUGCUGAGCACAGUUGAUGAUGCGCCUAUCUUUAAGGAAUUUUUAAAGAGGUGGAAAUCCUAUUUAAAAGGAGGGAGAGCAAAGCACAACUAGAGCUGAAAGCCAAAACAUAAUCUUAUGAAUCAUACAUAUAAUAUAUAAGGGAAGAAUUCCUUAAUUUAAACAUUUUUGAGUGUACGAGUAGUACCUUUUGUAUCCCUGCCAUCUUCUAAAUGGCACAUUUUAAGUGUAACAAUCAGUAACACAAUGGGGGAAGAAGAAUCAAAUGGUGGUGAAGAAUUAUCCCUAUCUAAACAUCCUUUUGUUUGUAUUUGCCUUUCUGUAAGUGGAGAUGCUCACUGACUGGAGGUAAUUUAAGCUUUCAAGACUUGCAGUCCCUUUCUGGCACUUCACCCUUUUCAGCUGUACUUGUAUGUUUUUAUUUCUGUCUUUGUUGUUUUUACGUUUGGUUUUCUUCACUGAUUUUGUUUUUAACAUUUUGCAUUUAAUAAUAUCAUGUCAUGUAUUUUUAUUAAAGAUAGAUGAAGUUGUGUUUUUUUUUUCAAAAUUAACAUCCAUUUAGAAUUUCUAUUAUGGCACCAGUCUCAACAAUUUUUUUGUUUAGAGGCUCUCUAUCCUUGUCUAUGUUCCCAAUCCCUAGAACCGAACAAAUGUAUUAAUUUGUACAACUAACAAAACAUUGACUAUUGUGAGUGUCCCCUAAGGUGGUUUGUUGGCAUGUUUUUGUUUUACUUUCUGUUUAGAGUGAGGCUGUUCUUAUAAACCACAUUUAGUAGCAUGAACUUUGUAAAAAUGUAUCUUUUAAGUGUGUUUAAUUAGCACAGAAUAUUUUUCCAUUGUAUGUUUUAACAAGGUCCUUCAAAGCUUAUUGCUCAUUUAGCUUUUGAUGCACAUGGCAAAGCACAACACAAAAAAAUUUAAAAAGUGACUGCACAAAUAUAGUAAUAUAAAUGUUUUAUGGAACUUGUAAUAUAGUGCAAGGGGGAAUUGAAUCAAUAAGUUCCAUAUGGUGGUUGGUGCCAUUUCCACUCUUCUUUUGCCUCCACUUUUUAAAUCCACUCCUCCAUUCAUGUAGAACUCUGUCUUGAUUUGUGUAACAUCAUCUUAGAAUUAUUUUUUUCUUUAGAGGGCACAUUGUAAUGAUUAUGCUUAUCUUCAAAGAAUUAGGCUUUGUUUAUAAAGUCUCGUUUGAUUGCAGUGACAUUGUUUAUGUGAAUUGGCCAUUGCUUCCCUCCCAGUUUAAGAUAACCAAUGUGAUAAAAGAAUCUUGUCAUGGGGAUGUUGAAAUAAGGAGCCAACUGUGUGAUUUUAAACAUUUGUGGCCUGGAUUAAAAACAGGAAAUACACAAGUAGGUCUGCAACCAAAAAGAGAAAAAACAGGUUCUGACAUAACAUUUCUGAUAAUACAUAAAAUAGCAAUCAACCGAACUUCGCAGGUGCUGAUUAACCUGUUGAUAUUUUUAGUGUAUUAUGUCUGUAUUUCUGAUUUUCUUUUCUUUACUUCAUAGCUUAAACUUCAUAGUUAUGAACCAGAAAAUGGCAUGGGGGGAGGGAAUCUAUGUUACUGUAUUUUAAGAUGGUGUGUGUUUGGAAGGAAAAUAUCACCAGCCCAGAAAUGGAUUUGAAUGUCAAAAUCGUUUACAAACUGUGAAAGUAAGAAUAUUUUCAUAACUGUUUUGAUUGCCAGAGCUUCUCCCAAGUUCAAAAUAUAUAUCUUUUUUUUUCUAGUAUUUCUCAACUGUUAUGGAUUUCUAAAUAAACCCAAAAUAGUGACCAGUGAGUGGGAGAAAGACAUUGCGUUGAGCAUAUUUAAAAUAAAGUAAAACUGUCUAAGUUGGGUUACCUUCUAAUUUUAUCAUUUGGUGGCAUAGGAAACAAAGGUCUAAAUGAAGGUGAAGGAAAUCUUGCCCUUUUUAAAAACCUAAUUUUUUCUUUUUGUCAUACAUGGAACCAAACCAGUGUUUGGCUGUUACUAGCAAUGAUGCAUGGAAUGAGGAGAUUACUUCAGUGUUAAUGCAUCCAUUUGAUACAGUUACAGCUGGCUUAUUUGGAAGCUACACCUUCCACUUUCUCCUGAUAUUCCUCCAGAUUCUUUAUAGAGCCAGAAAAAGUUCAUACUUGACAGGUUUGAUUUUUUUACUGUUCCUCAAUAAUUAUCAGUGAACUGAUUUGCAUUAACUAUAUAGAACAAAAUUCUCAAUGAUCAAGUUAAAGAAAUUAGACAAUCUCCCUUCCCCUUUUUAUUGAGCUAUCCAUGCUAAGGAUUAUCCAACCUUUGUACAGAAAUAUGGAAGUCAGUGGACAAAAUGUAAUAGCUGAUUAAAAAAUAGGAUCAGUCUCCAAUGUUUAAAGGUAUGUUGCUCAAAUACAGUAUUAUUUAAAAGGUAAAGCAUACAGAAAGCAAAUUAUUUGCAAAUCAAGUUGCUGGUUAUGUUGGAUGAUAUAUUAUCUAACAGUCUAAUUUUUAUUUUCUCUCCAAAACUGAUAUCUGUUUAAUCUAACUAAAUGGUAUAUAUUUGAGAGACGUUCAUUAUGGCAGUUAGAUAGGUAUAGAAAUAUUUGGCUUUUGAUAUUUUGUUAUCCAAGUUUUUUUCCCAUUGCUAUAAUGUUCUCUGUAUGCAGAAUUGCAUUUUCUUCUUCCUUUUCUUUUCCCAACCCAUGGUAUUCGUAAAGAAACUGGUGAUGGUGUUGUAUUAAAAAAUGUGUUCUUCUGUGUUUCUUUUCCUCUUCCUAUUGGGGUAUUUUGUUCAUGGCUCUAAAUCAUCUUUUCUUCUGAGUUUAAGUGUUGUCAAUACCAAAGCAUUAUAUGAAAAAAAACAUCCAAACUGCUCUGCACCUGAGAAGGUCUUGUUCAUAACUCUUAUUACGAAUCAUUCUCUCAUUGGAUGUAUUAGAAUGUAAGAUGCAGCUGGGUAUAUGCAAACAGAAAACACAAGCACAAUAGUAGACUUUGUGCCGAUGUACCCUCUCUGGACAGCGUGCAAGACUUUCACUGAGAGCUGCUAUUUUCAUUCACACUGUAUUUUUUAUCAUUUUAACUUGUAUUUUUACACGUUGAUUGAACUAUACGUUGGAUAUGCAAUAAACUGUUUACUGAACGCUGUUGCCUGUUGACAGGGCAAGACAGUGUUAUAGAGCUGUACCGAUUUGCAUUUGUUAAGCACAAUGUGCACAGUUGUACAGCUUUGCCAUUUUGUACACGGCAAGAGUUCAUAAUUUUUUCAAAUAAAGUGACUAUAUACAAUAGUGUUUAUAUAAAAAAUAUUGAUUGGAUCAAUCUUUGCUGUGCUAAGUAUCUUUGCUUACUGAAGUUGUACAAUAAAACAUUUUCUUAAAAAGGGA